AUGAGCAGUUUUAAAAUAGUGUAGAGAUCAACGUAUGAAAUUGGAAUUGUAGAAACAACGAGCACUCUUCUUUCAUAGCAAGUUAUACCUCAAAGACUUGAUUUACCUGCAGACUAGUAUAAAGAUUUUCAAAAGCUCAUUUACCAAUCCUUCUAGACAUUACUUGCAUGCGAUAUUACUAAAAAGGAGGAGCACUCAUCAAUUGUUGAUAGCAUGAAGCAAUACUUGAAGUUCUCAAAUAUGAAAUAAGAAUUCGUAAAAGUCAUGAACAUGUGUACUCUUGACAAUUGGAAGAGCCUCAAGACAAAGGUAUACAAGCAGUCAGCUGAUGAUGGUAGAGAUGAUGAUGAGCAUACUAUCAUGUAUGCAGUUGGAUUAUAAAAACUAAUUGAAAAUACUUAGUUCAUAGAAAAGAAUGUCUUGUGCUCUAAUGGUAUUAUGAGAGAUUUAUUUUUGCACAUUGAAUCAAAUGAACUUUAAUCCUUUGAAAAGUUUUUAAAAGAUUUUAUAGAUUUGCUGCUCAGAUUCGCUUUUGAUGAUCUUUAUAACUUUGAGUAGCUUAUAUAGCAAUUCAGUUUAUUGAUUGUUUCACUGUUCGAUUUAACUUCUGCUAAUCUAAGGAAAACAGUCUAGUCACUGUGGUUGCAGCAAUUCAGUGAAAUAUAAGAUAAAGUUUGCGAUAUUUAUGAAAUUUUGAGAUAGCAGUUAAACGAUAAAUCAAUGUAUAUGAGGCAAUUCAUCAGAGUGCUAUUCCAAGCUAAAGUAGCAAACAUAGAAUUCAAAGUGCUUGAUGCUAAGUUAUUAGAACUUUUAGAGCAAAUGAACAGUCAAGGGAUUAUUGAUUUAUUGAAGCGAUAUACUAUAGAUGAAAGUCUUAUUCAGAGAUAUUUUAGUAUAUUCGUUGAGCAGUAUAAAAUAUAUGUGAAAAAACUAAGUUCAGUAGAAAAUUCAGUAGUAUUAGGCAAGUUGCUUGAACUUUAAGAUAAAUUCAUGAGAGAUUUGGAUUAAUCACAACUCGCACCAAUGUUUUUAAGUUUUUUAAUCCAAACAAAUCACUCUAUUUUGAGAGGGUAUAACCAAGCCUCAGAAAUAUCAUAGUUCUUUGAAUCCAAUCUAGACAGACUAAAUGAAGAAAUGGUACUUUAGGCGCUAUGUUAUUCAGUCGAUAAGGACAAAUUAGAAUUUGAAUUAAGGAAAUCACUAAUCUAAAGAGUUAUAGAAGGUCAGGCUUCCACUUCCUAAUAGCAGUUUAAUGUCAAGAAUGAAAAGUUGCUAUGCUAAUUACUUUAGUAGAGUUUUGGCAAGAAUUUUAUUCACAAACUAAAUCUUAUAAUACAUGAAUAAGAGGAAGACAAAAGUGACAUUAAGCACUCUUUGGCUAAUCAACUUCAAGUAAUAUCUUUCCCUACUGCUAUGUGGAUAAAUGAAGUCUAAAAUCCCUUAAAACAGCAAAUCAUGCACCCACAGCUAUUGAAUCUUACAGUUUAAUUCCAAGAGUCAUAUAAAGCAAAGUUUAAAAAUAGGAAUUUGUAAUUUCUCACUGCUAUUGGUAAAGUUGAAUUGAUAUUAGAUAAAAAGUAUGAGAUUUUAGUUAACACCACUCAGGCUUCUAUGCUUUUGCACUUUAAUGAGAGAAAAUAGCAUGAAAUCUCUAGUUUAAGAGACAAAUAGCUUUAGAUCGAUGAUGAUAUUUUUAAGGCUUUCCUAAUGCCCCUUCUUAACAAUAAAACCCUAGAGAUUACUCAGGAUAAUAUUUAGCUAUCAAGUGAUUUAUCAUAACUAGGAAAGUAGAAUAAUUGUUAUAUUUCAUCCAAAGAUAUAGUCAAGUUCUAUAGAAACAAACAUCUAAGAGGCACUUCAGCAAACGAUGAUGUUAGUGGCAACUCUAAUGAAGCCAAAAAAGUGGUAAAAUAUCUGUAUAAAGAACAUAAAUUUAAGAUUUAAGCUUAUAUAAUGAGAGUCCUCAAGUCCUCAUUUAAGAUAAACAAAAAGGAGUUGUUUUAGAAAAUAUAUUAGAAGUACUUAGAGGAUGGAAUAGAGGUAGUAUAAGAAAGUAUAGAUAAGUGCAUGGAGGAGAUUUAUGAAAAAGAAUAUGCUAAAGAAGAAGGGGAUAAUUAUUUGUAUUUACCUUGA